AUGCCGCGCGCGCCCCGGUGCCGCGCUGUGCGCGCCCUGCUCCGGGACCGCUACCGCGAGGUGCUGCCGCUGGACGCCUUCGUGCGGCGUCUGGGUCCCCAGGGCCGGCGCCUGGUGCAGCGCGGGGACCCGAAGGCCUUUCGCGCGCUGGUGGCCCAGUGCCUGGUGUGCGUGCCCUGGGACGCGCAGCCUCCCCCCGCCGCCCCGGACUUCCGCCAGGUGUCCUGCUUGAAGGAGCUGGUGGCCAGGGUCGUGCAGAGGUUCUGCGAGCGCGGCGCGAGGAACGUGUUGGCCUUCGGCUUCGCGCUACUGGACGGGGCGCGCGGCGGCCCGCCUGUGGCCUUUACGACCAAUGUGCGCAGCUACUUGCCCAACACGGUGACGGAGACGUUGCGUGGCAGUGGCGCGUGGGGGCUGCUGCUGCACCGCGUGGGCGACGACGUGCUCACCCACCUGCUGGCACGCUGUGCGCUCUACCUGCUGGUGGCCCCCAACUGCGCCUACCAGGUGUGCGGGCCACCACUCUACGACCUCUGCACCACAAGACAAGCUGGCGGGACCCUGGUGGGCCUCAGACCCACGCGCCAGGCCUGGAAUGGAGGAGGCGGGGAGGCUAGGGUACCCCCCGGCUGCCGCUCGAGGCGACGGCGGAGCAGCGUGGGGGGAACUCCACCUCAGGCCAAGAGGCCCAGGCCCGGCCUGAUCCCGGAGCCGGCCCGGAGGCCAAGUGCUGGCGACCCCCCCGCGGUGACACCUGUGGGAGCUGCCGUGGAAGCCUUGUCUGGGGAGAGUGAGCCGCACAGGACCAGGUGUCCCUUACCAUUGCCGGGCCGUGAGCGUGAGGCCGGCUGCCCUUCCUCUGGGUGGUCACGUCCCCAGGCCGCUCUUGGUCCCAGAGUGGUCGUUGAGACCAAGCAGUUUCUCUACUGCUCGGGUGGCAAGGAACGACUGCGCUCCUCCUUCCUACUCAACUGCCUGAAGCCCAGCCUGACGGGGGCCCGGAGACUAGUGGAAACCAUCUUUCUGGAUUCGAAGGCCCUGCAGCCGGGGGCUCCCCGCAGUGCGCGCCGCCUGCCCACGCGCUACUGGCGGAUGAGGCCCUUGUUCCGGGAGCUGCUUGGGAACCACGCGCGGUGCCCCUACGGCAGGCUGCUCAGGAAGCACUGCCCACUGCGGGCCGCCGCCACCCCAGUGGAGGCCGUGGGGGGAUCCAGCGACAAGGGGUGCAGUGGAGUGGGUGUCUGCGCCCCGGAAGAGGACCUGGUCCAGCUGCUCCACCAGCACAGCAGCCCUAGGCACGUGUAUGGGCUCCUGAGGGCGUGUCUUCGCAGGCUGGUGCCCGCAGGCCUCUGGGGCUCCAGGCACAAUGAGCGCCGCUUCUUGAAGAACGUGAAGAAGCUCAUCUCUCUGGGGAAGUACUCCAAGCUCUUGAGUCAGGAACUGACCUGGAAGAUGAAAGUGCAGGAUUGCACCUGGCUGUGCCGUAGCCCAGGGGGUCGCUGUGUCCCGGCUGCUGAACACUGUCUGAGAGAAGCUGUCCUGGCCAAGUUCCUAUGCUGGUUGAUGGGCACAUACGUGGUUGAGCUGCUACGGUCUUUUUUUUAUGUCACGGAGACCACGUUUCAGAAGAACCAGCUCUUCUUCUUCCGGAAGAGUGUCUGGAGCCAGUUGCAAAGCAUUGGGAUCAGACAACACUUCAAUAGGGUGCAGCUUCGAGAACUGUCGGCAGCUGAGGUCAAGCGGCAUCAGGAAACCAGACCCGCUCUGCUGAUGUCCAGACUCCGCUUCCUCCCCAAGCCCAGUGGGCUGCGGCCAAUCGUGAACAUGGACUAUGUCGUGGGAGCCAGGACAUUCCACAGGGACAAGAAGGUACAGCAUCUCACCUCGAAAGUCAAAACACUAUUCAGUGUGCUGAACUAUGAGCGUGUGCGGCGCCCUGACCUCCUGGGCGCCUCUGUGCUGGGCAUGGAUGACAUCUAUAGGGCCUGGCAUGCCUUUGUGCUGCGCAUGCGAGCCCAGGACCCAGUGCCUCAGCUGUACUUUGUCAAGGUGGACGUGAUGGGUGCUUAUGAUGCCCUCCCUCAGGACAGGCUGGUGGAGGUGAUUGCCAACAUAAUCAAGCCCCAAGAGCACACAUACUGCCUGCGCCAGUACGCCGUGGUCCAGAGAACUGCCCAUGGACACGUCCGGAAGUCCUUCAAAAGACAUGUGGCCACCUUCACAGACCUCCAGCCUUACAUGAAACAGUUCGUGCAGCAACUGCAGAAGACAAGCUCACUGAGGGAUGCCGUGGUCAUUGAGCAGAGCUGUUCUCUGAAUGAGGCCAGUAGCAGCCUGUUCGAUUUCUUCCUGCGCCUGGUGCACAACCACGUCAUAAGGAUUGGGGGCAAGUUUUACGUCCAGUGUCAGGGGGUCCCUCAGGGCUCCAUCCUGUCCACGUUGCUCUGCAGCUUGUGCUACGGAGACAUGGAGAGCAGGGUGUUCCCCAGGCUUCAGCAGGACGGGGUACUCUUGCGUUUGGUAGAUGACUUCUUGUUGGUCACCCCUCACCUGACACAAGCGAAGGCCUUUCUCAGGACCCUGUUCAAGGGGGUGCCCGAGUACGGCUGCAAGGCGAACUUGCAGAAGACAGUAGUAAACUUCCCCAUGGAAGACGAUGCCAUGGGCGGCGCGGCCCCCCUGCAGCUGCCAGCCCACUGCCUGUUCCCCUGGUGUGGCUUGCUGUUGGACACACAGACCCUGGAGGUGUUCUGCGACUACUCCAGUUAUGCCCACACCUCGAUCAGAGCAAGUCUCACCUUCAGCCAGGGCUUCAAGGCCGGGAGGAGCAUGCGUCGAAAGCUCUUUGCGGUGUUAAGGCUGAAGUGUCACAGUCUGCUUCUGGAUCUGCAGGUGAACAGCCUUCAGACCGUUUACACAAACGUUUACAAGAUAUUCCUGCUGCAGGCCUACAGGUUUCACGCCUGUGUGCUCCAGCUCCCAUUUAAUCAGCACAUUCGGAAGAACCCCUCGUUCUUCCUCCAUGUCAUCUCUGACACUGCAUCUCGCUGCUACGCCUUUCUGAAAGCCAAGAACACAGGGAUGUUGCUGGGGACCAAGGGCGCUGCAGGCCCAUUUCCUUCUGAAGCCGCUAGGUGGCUGUGCCUCCAUGCCUUCCUGCUGAAGCUGUCUUGUCACAGCACCACCUACAGGUGUCUCCUGGGAGCACUCCAGGCUGCUCAAGUUCAGCUGUGCCGGCAGCUCCCAAAGGCAACACUUGCCACUCUGGAGGCUGCAGCUGACCCAGCCCAGACCACAGACUUCAAGACCAUCUUGGACUGAUGUCCAGCACGUCUCACAGCCUGGGGUGAUGGGCUCCAGGCCCUCAAGCUCCAUCCCAGCUGGAUCCACCCAGAGAGUCUGGCCACUGUGCCCCAAGACCCCAAGACAUGCUUCUGGGUGGGCUGCUUCCUGGAGGGGGUCAGCCCCCAAGUCCUCAGGAAAGUAGAGCCUGCCCACCCCCACCCCCAUCACCACUUUCUAGUAAUAGGUUCAUCCUUCAGCCACCCACCUCCAGGAGGAGGCAGGUAGGAGAGCCUGGUUGGAGUGUUGGUAUCGGGAAGAGAAGUACCAGGGACCUUUGUCACCCUUCUUGCUGUGGGGGCACCUCAGUUUGCAGUGAUGGCCCACGUGUGGUGGGCAGGUGUGAGCUCCUUCCCACUGAUCUGCAUAGUGCUCAGAACUGAGCUGUUCACUCCCACUGGAACAGCACACACCCCAGCUGACCCCCCAGAUGCAUCCAAAGUCCAUGCCUUGCUGAGCUUGUGCAGAAGCAAAGGUCCCAGUUAGCUGUUUGAGGCCUAUCCUCGCCAUCCACACCCAUGCUUCUGACCUGCCUGUCCCCACACCCUACCCAGGCCUCCUGGAGCCAAGUGUACAGCACCCCACACCCACUUGCCGUCCCCACUUCCAGAGUCUUCUUUUCCCCACUAAACACACAGCCCCCACGGCCCCUCCUGUACUACCUCCUGCCUCCAUCCCACCACCCCAGUAAUGGGGUAAGAGCUGUGGAGAGAAGAUCCUUUGUUUAUUGUUUUCUUAGUUUUUAAAGAUUUCUCUCAUGUUUAUAUUAAAAUAUGUACCACAUUAAGUACUGUUAACUACAGAAA